AUGGAGGUAAAAUCAAGAUCGAGAAAAGGCACAUUUGAAAGCAGAUAUGCCAAGCUGCAUACAUUGGGAAGUGGUAACUUUGGCAAAGUUUAUUUAGUAGAAGAAAAAGCCACGGGGAAAUUGUGUGCUGCCAAGGUGGUCGAUAAAAAGAUAUUCAAGGCAGGAGAUCAAAAAUUGCAUGCAGAACGAGAGCAAAAGAUCUGUGAAACGUUUGCCAAACGAUUGACACAUAAACAUAUCGUGCAGAUCUAUGAUGUCUUUACAGAACAAGACUUGAUAUACAUCAUUAUGGAAUACGUUGAAGGUGGAGAAUUGUUUCAUAAGAUAAGAGAGCAGAAAAGGCUGAACGAACGGUUGGCUCUUCUCAUCAACAAUGCGUCUCAAGUACAACUGUGCGAUUUCGGAUUUGGAAAUAUGGUAAAGCAACGACGGGAUAUUCUAAGCACUUACUGUGGCAGUCCGUUUUAUGCAGCACCGGAAAUGGUCACUGCCACACCUUAUGAAGGUCCGCCUGCUGAUCUAUGGAGCUGUGGAGUCAUCUUGUUUGCCAUGUUGACAGGAUCCUUACCUUUUCAAGCUGAUCAAAUGCCAGAACUGUUUAGAAAGAUUAAAGCAGGAGAAUAUCAGAUACCCUCUCAAACACCAAGUAAAGCAGCUGACUUGAUACGACGACUACUCUGUGUAGAUGCUCGAAAACGAAUUACAGCCAAAGAAUGCUUACUACACCCUUGGCUUACAGCAGAAGAUGAGGAACCAAGACGACUGACUGGCCAUAGCUCACCUCAAUCGAUCUUGACCUAUUCUUACCACCCUCCUUAUUCCCCACCAAAAUUCAAAGUCGUCUCAGAAGAGACACUGUCGUCUGCUGGUUUAGAGACCAAGCAACACUAUUAUCCAAAUGUCGUCGCAGAAAAGAAAUCGUUCUUUUUGCGCAUGUUUAAAAGAAGGAUGCAGAUUGCGCCCACAGAUAACCACUAUAAUGAGAAAAAGUUACUGAAGCAGCGCGUUAUGGGUAAAUUUAGAAGCUUGUUUGUUAGAAAAUCAUUACAACAGCCAAGAAUGCUGGAAUCUUAA